UUGAGCAUUUUCUUCUCGAUCAUAUUUAUGCCAGCUUCGGCUAACUAAGCUGCGUUGUGUUUUCGAUCAAAAUCAACGUCUUCGGGCGUUAUUUUUAUCAUCAAGGCAAAUUCACGCAGUUGCGCCGUCGAGAUUGCUAAAACAGAGAUGACAUCUAAACUGAAAGGUGGGAAGGUCGGCUCAAAAAGUAAGGAGGAUGCUCCUUACGAGUUGGAGAGCCAGUUUGUCCUGAGGCUUCCUACAGAGUAUGCCUCAACUGUAAGAAGGAUUGCCCAGUCAAGCAGUAUGAACAUGAAGGACAGACUCACCAUCGAGUUGCACCCUGAUGGUCGUCAUGGCAUCGUGAGAGUAGACCGCGUCCCUUUGGCCUGCAAACUGGUGGAUCUGCCCUGUAUGAUCGAGUCUCUAAAAACGGUGGACAAGAAGACGUUUUACAAGACUGCUGAUGUCUGCCAGAUGCUGGUAUGUACACUAGAUGGAGACCUUUACCCUCCUUUAGAGGAGCCAACAGGAACCGACCCUAAGAGCAAGAAGAAGGACAAAGACAAGGACAAGAAAUUUGUUUGGAACCACGGCAUCACCUGCCCUCUGAAGAACACACGCAAGAGGAGAUUUCGGAAAACGGCAAAAAAGAAGUACAUUGAAUCUCCUGAUGUAGAAAAGGAGGUGAAGAGACUGCUGAGCACAGACGCUGAGGCUGUCAGUGUCCGGUGGGAAAUCAUAGCAGAGGAUGAGUCCAAGGAGGCGGAUCAGCACGGCUCUCUGGCCAACCUGGACUCCUCACCUGGCACCUCAGGACACAAGAUGGGUCACGGGUCCUCUGUCCAGCGUGACGAACUGAGGGAGAUCUUCAACGACAUCAGCAGCUCCAGUGAGGAUGAGGAGGACGAUGGGGAGCGGCACGAUUACCUGAAUAUCAUGGACACGGAGGAUGAUCUGGUCCGACAGCUCCAGGAGAAGCUCAACGAGUCCGAUUCUACACAGAAUGAGAGUGACAGAAACAACCAGAUAGUUAUGGAGUAUCAGGUGCAGAUCAACGGUGUCAAGGCCAAGCUCCAGGAAACCCGCGCACGAAAGAAACAGCAGGAGGAGCUCAUCAUGAAAGUGGAAAACCAGGCCCUCAAAAACCGCUUCCAAGCUUUGUUGGAUGAGAUUAUUCAGCAGGAGGAGCGCGAGAUGGAGCAGCUGGCCUCCCUGCAGGAGCAGCUGGACUCACUGAUUGAGAAGUGACCACCAGGGGGCAGCCUCAUGUCAUCUUCAGCUUCUCACACACACACACACUCGAGAAGAGGAGGAGGAGAAGCCUUCAUCCUGAGGAGGAGGGAGUCUUUAUUAGCUGACUUGCUGUGUCAUUCCUUUCAGUUUGUCUUGCCACACAGCAUACUGAUUUAUGUAUUAAAAGUCGUUGCUUUUUAUUAGGUUGGCAAAAUUUGUUACUGUAUGAUUUAAGUAUCUGAUUGGCUACAACUGUGAAUAUUUUGUUAAAUGUUUUCUCUGCCAACUCACCUUUUUUGUAUUUUAUUACCUGUAAGGAGAAUAAAUUACAGUGAUACACAAGUGUCAAUGAACUGGA